AUGGCAGCUAAACGCGAGGAGGUUCGCCGUAAACUCAACGAUCUGCUUUUUCGUACCGGGGAGCGAGAAAAGAUAAGAGCCAGAGUAGAGGAAAAUUUGAAGAAGAGCAACUGGGACGAGAAAAUGAAGGUAAUCUGCAGGGAAUAUGUCAAGGAGAAGGGCGUGGACAUGGUCUCCCUAGACGACAUCGUAAUGGGAGUAACAGCUGCAGCACGAAAUGCCGUUCCAAAGGAAGUGAAGCUAGAUGCAUUACAACGCGUGACCCAGUUCAUGGAGAAGCACAAUAUAGACGUCGAAUGA